ACUAUAAUUCAAGGUUAACUAUAAAGAGUGAAAUUUGAAUGUAAAACAAUAACUGGCUAUUCAAGUUUUAAUGAAAUCAUAUUUUGUUUUCAGACGUUUUCAGAUUACUCAGAACCAUUGAAACGACUUAUUUUGGCGAUUGAUGAGGAAAAAUGUAAUGUUUUAUCGAGGAAGCCUUCAGAUCUGGACGAGAUUGUCGACAACUUUGAUCGUCAUUCGGAUUGUAUACAGCACAUAGCAUUGUUCGCUUUGGCGUGUUCCGAAUAUUCGAAAAAUGUGUUGAAAGUUCGGUGCUGCCUGGCAAGUGUGGAGUCUUUGGAGGACAGCCUGGUGCCGGCAGCGAUGGCCCUCUACAUGGACCCCAAGCAUCCGGGCAAGCGACUUCUGCUCAAGUUCCUCGUCUCGGUGUGGCUCGACGAAGUCAGGUCGCUGGAAGAGUGCCUCGAUUGUAUCAUCGAUCCUGUUGCCUUCACUGCUGUAACAUUGGAAAGCAUUGAGACGUUAUCUGAAGAAGUAGUUACAGAAAGCAAUAGAAACGCUCAGCCACUGAUUGCAAUUAUGUUGCGAACGAACCGUUUGUACCGGCAUCUGAACACAAAUUCAAUAGAAAAAGAGAGGAAACUAAGUGCAAUAUUGACAGAAUGUAAGAUAGCUUUGGAUGCUUGGCUGAAAAAUGGUGUCGAUCGGCACGGUCAGCCUGUGACCUUGAAAAGGGUCAAAUCGCGAUUCAAUCUGCUGCUUCACACUGUAAAAACAAUAUCGGCCGAAUUGUCAGCCGACUUGGCCAGAAACAACGAUUCUUACCAGAAUACGUCAGCUCUUUUGAAAGUGCUGCAAAAGCUCUGUUUUGCAAACUUCAACAAAUUACGAAGCGUGAAGAAAUCGGAAAAACCGGACGUCGUUUUGUUAGAUGCCUACAAGCUGAAAGCUGCUGAGAAGUGUUUACUGGCAAACACACUUUAUGCUCCCAGUCCACGACGUGUAAAGCAUACACCGAUCACCGCCUUGAGAAAGCCAUCCAAUCAGCAAUUCCAACUUACUAUGGGACUUGAUUUGACAGGCAUUCUCGAACAAUUUGCAGAUAUUUCGCAGGCUACCUUAUCGACUAUAGAUCACUGCACACGUUCAGAAUCAUCAAUGAAGAAUUUUGUAAUUGAAAUAGAAGACGAAAAUUCAGUUUCUCGCGUUCCUGCUAGCAGAUGUGAGCUUGAAUUGGAAAAUGACGAAUCGUUUUUCCCCGAUUUAUCUGGAAUUCGACAGCUUGAGAACAGCCUGAGUAAACUUACAAUGGACAGUAUGUUUGGAGGAAGGUCUGAUGGUUCCUCAGUUAUAACAUUGGACAGAUUGAAUGAUCUCAAAAAGGUUGAAGAACGAAUUGAGUAUCUCAAACAAAUUGCCAACUCUUAAGACAACCAAGUUUCAACAUUUACCACUAGUUACAUAAUUAGGUUUACAGACCAUUAAUCUCAAACCAUUAUCACAUAAAUCGAAAAUUUGAUCAUCUAUACGAUUGUAUGGUGUGAAAAGGUGAUAGACCUGAUCGAGUAUUUGGAAAAUUAGUCAACUUCUAAUGUAUAUAAAUUUUCUGCAAGUGUUUCUGACUAUCAAUAUUGAUUUAAGACUGAAUGUAGGUUGAAUACAUUCAAUUCAUUGAAUUACAGUAUUACCUUAAGUAGGAUACUUUUGCAGUAGUAUUUUGGUACAUUUUUAUUAGAAUUUAGAUUUGUAUUCUACUGUCCUAUUGGCUGUAUUAGUAAAUAUCAGAAACAAAUCUAUUUAUUAUGGAAAAUUUGAGGUAAAUUGAAAGACAAUAUCCAAUGUAAAACUUACUCGUAUACUUAAUGACCAAGAAUAAAAAACCCAUAACGAAUAAUAAUAUGUGGGCUAUUCAGAAAGUAGAUUACGUUUUUGGAUAAAAAAAUUUAAGUACAGAAUUUUUUUAUUUACAUUUGAAAGAGGAACUAAAAUACUAUUUUUCGACAUAAUCGCCAAACAAAUUUAGAUAUUUGUCAUAUCGGUGAACUAGCUUUGAAAUUCCCGUGUCCGUGUCGAAGAAUUCCGCCGCCUGUGACGCCAGCCAGUCAGACACGCCCGCGCGGAGAUCUGCGUCGUCAUCGAAGCGCUGUGUUGCAAGCCAAGUCUUCAUCUUCGGGAAUAAGUGGAAAUCACUAGGUGCCAGGUCCGGACUCUAGGGUAGAUCAGGGAAAAUCUUCCAAUUAUUUCAUUGACAUUUGCAACCAGCUCAUCACUCACGCAAUGCUCGGUCUGCCACUCUUCUCUUCGUCAUGAACAUUACUUUGUCCAUUUUUAAAUCUAAUGCACCAUUGGCGAACUCCACCUUCACUGAUUACGUUGUUUCCGUAAACUUCACAAACUUGCCGAUAAAUUUCAAUCGGUUUAUGGUUUUUGCUAACAAAAACCUUAUAACUGAUCGCACCUCACAACUGGCGGGAUUUUCGAUUGCAGCGCACAUUUCAAAAGGCUAUUGUGACGAAACGAGCAGCACGGCCGACCUCUCUCUAGCACGGCUGGGUGCCGACUGACCUGCGGAACGCCCAGACACCAAAAUGGCCGCGCUCGCACCACCCACCGCCGCUACAUAUAAAAACCUAAUCUACUUUCUGAAUAGCUCACUAUUUCCUAUAAUCAAGACUAUUGAAGGAAGGCAACUUUUUGGCUUCAUUCUAAGUAUAGGUAAGACAAGUAGAGUAAGAAUUACUCUUCCAAAUACAUUGAACACAAUUUUACAUAUCUUAGAAUUUUUUUUCAACUUUGAAACAUUAACAAGAAAAUACUUCAUUCACAAAAAAUAAUUAAAAAAAUUUCUUGAGAUAAAUUUGCAGCGGAUAUAACAAUUUUCUAUAACUUAGAAAUAUUCAAAAACAUAAUCUUAUAGUAAAAUUUAUUCUACUGUUUCCGUCCAACUUUAAUAAUUUGUUCUGCUGUUAGCCUAUUAGUUAAGAUUGAUAGUUUUAAUUUUACAUAUAUAUGGAAAUAGAUUCAUUAUUAAAACCGUAUUUAUUCUUGUUUUUUAUGUUUUAAGAAUUGCUAUUAUAUGUAACAUAUAUACUUUUUUAUCUUUGUACUUGAAAUAUACCACGAUUUUUAAUUA